AUGCUCUCUCUCUCUCUCUCUUUCUCUCUCUCUAGUAGUCUCGACUCUCUCGAGUGUUCUUUCCGUCAAUACCUUUCUCUUAUUGCCGACAAAACCUCUCUCCACAUUCUGCGUUCCUCACACUCGGCGCGCGUUAGAGCCUCCAAGAAGCUUAACUUCCACAUCUUCUGUGCAGAUUUGGGAUCUGAAAGCUUGUUGAAGGAAAGUAUGGCCAAGCAUCAUCCUGAUUUGAUUAUGUGCCGAAAGCAGCCAGGAAUUGCCAUUGGACGGCUUUGUGAGAAAUGUGAUGGGAAGUGUGUGAUUUGUGACUCCUAUGUGCGCCCUUGCACGCUUGUGCGUGUUUGUGACGAAUGCAACUAUGGGUCCUUUCAGGGUCGUUGUGUGAUAUGUGGAGGAGUUGGGAUUUCUGAUGCCUACUACUGCAAGGAGUGUACGCAGCAGGAGAAAGAUAGGGAUGGGUGCCCCAAAAUUGUCAAUUUGGGUAGUGCCAAAACAGACUUGUUCUAUGAACGAAAGAAAUAUGGUUUUAAGAAAAGAUGAUUCAUAUGUGGUAUGCUUAUUUCUUCUUCGAUUUUCCAUUAUGUACUAGCCUGUAUGAAGACCAGUUAUUGAAUACAUUGGGAGAUAAAUUUAGGUAUUUGUUUUGUAUUUCUGUAUGUUAUCUGGUCUUUAUAUCCUUAACUUUAUGGCUGAAGGUGUGGCAAUUUUUUAAGAUGUGUAGCCGAGCGGAAUCUGGAUUUAUAUUGCCGUCGCCAGGGUUAUUUCUUCCGGACUUUAAUUGAUG